GACAACUUAUAUAAAGCCUUUGGUCGCCAUCCUGCGCCUCUCUUUCCAUAGCCUCACAUUUACCAGUCUCUCUCUCUAUCUCUUAAACCAGCCACCUCUCAGCGACAUCAUCCGGCCAUCAAAACCCUGGGGUUCGUAUUGAAAGCUGGAUCAGUUUUACUAAUACAGACGUGCCGCUGAGGUGCAUUUAUAUUCAAAAUUGUGUGUAUCUAUAACACAUAUCGGCCCGACUUCGUGAACCCUAGAUCCGGCCGCAGUUUUCCGAAGAUCUAUCUGGGUUUAUCUCUUAACGUUAUGGACGGUUCUCACCGAUCGAACCCGCAGGUCACGCAUAUGCCAACUCCGGCGCCAACUCCGGCGCCUAUGAUGUCAGCUGACGAAGAAGCAAUCAAGAAAAACACUGAUUGCGUGUACUUCCUCGCUUCUCCUCUUACGUGCAAGAAGGGAGGUGAAUGUGAGUAUCGCCAUAGUGAUACUGCUCGGCUCAAUCCAAGAGAUUGCUGGUACUGGUUGAACGGGAAUUGCUUAAAUCCUAAGUGUGCAUUCAGGCACCCUCCUCUUGAUGCAUUACUAGACCCCGAAGUCCCAAAUCCUAUGGAAUCAUUCAUGCCUCCUGUACAGGCUAUGUCCACUGCAAUGCAAAUGCCCCCCAUUCCUAAUAAACAGGGAGUUCCUUGCAUCUUCUUCCAGAAAGGAAUCUGUCUGAAAGGUGAUAGAUGCUCUUUCUUUCAUCACGCUCCAAAUUCUCUGGCUAAUAAACCCCCGCAGAAGCUAGGUGUUCCUCCCACCACCACUGAGGUGUCUUCCAAGAAAACCUUUGGUGUGCUUGAGAAGUGUACACAAGAGAAAAGCAUUCUACAAAUAAACCCCCUCAAGACUGGUGUCAUACCCCCAGCAACAAAACCAGUAGUGAAAAACAUGACACCAUCUUCUGUCAUUGAUGGUGAUGAACCUCUUCUCAAGUAUAAACCAAGUAUUGUUCCUCCAAGCAGAGAUCAUGUCGGAAGGUUAAGCCAAAUGCAACCUGGCCUUGAUGACCAUGAUGACGAAAUGCAAAAUAAGGAUGAUGAGAUAUCAAGGGAGGCCUCUCCUGGAUUUGAUGUUCUUGUGGAUGAUGAGGUCAGAGAUUCUGAUUACUACCCUGUUGAAGAUCACUAUGGAGUGGCGGGAGAGCAUGAGGCGAGUGAAUAUGAUAUGGACCCCUCUGCUGAUUACUCGAUGAGAGAUAUCGACCAAGAAAUGUAUCGGGAGGCACAUGGUGGUGGUUAUGACAGACUUUAUGGUUGGGAGCAACGUGGAGCAACGUCGGAACGAAAAUCAGGGAGAUCAUAUCCUGAAAGGAGAAGGUAUGGUAAUAAUAACACGGACAGGUCAGAUCAAGUGGUUGUGUCAGAUUUAAGGCAUAGGUUAUCAAAGCCACAAAGGGUUAAUGGUUUACGAUCAGUCAUUAGCAAUGGCCAUGCUCAUGAAAAAAGACAUGAUGAGGGACGCGAGAACUAUCGUGGUGCUUGGAGAGAGAGAAACAGUGUAUCAUCAUCACAUGAGAGUUCUUCUUUAGGCAGUCGCCUUCGGGGAAGAAUAAACGUUCCUGCUAUCAGAUCAUCAUCUUCACCGCUUGAUGUUGUUGCUGAGAUUCGACAAGAGGUGGAUAGGAGCAGAGAUCGCGACAGGCUGUCUCGUGGAAGGCUUCAAGACAGAAUGAGAGGAAGACUGCAAGAGGAUCCUGGUUUUGUAGGUUGGCAUAGCGGAGGCCCACUUUCAAGAAGAGAUGUGUUUGGUGAGGACGACACAAAUUUCGCUGCUCCAAAAAGUCUAUCUGAGCUGAAAGGAAGGAAGAGUGGGAUUGAAAGGAAUGGGGAACUGUCCCAAGGUAAAAGGAAGCAUCUUUCAUAUGACCUGCAGCAUCAAUCUGGAGGUGAUCUGUCAUUUGAAGGUCCGAAGCCUUUGGAAGAGAUUCUGAAGCGGAAAAGAAGAGCCGGUGAUGAUAAUAAUGGAGAUUAUAAUAAUUGUCAGCGGGGAAGAGCUUCGUGGGUUCAGAAAGAAGACAUUCAACCUCUUCCUCCAUCAAGCGACCACCAUCACAGUGGUGAACCUGAGAAGAAUAAUAAAUCAGUGGGUGAUGCUCAUGAGGUUGAAGAUGGAAUGAUAGCUAAUGAGGAGGAAGGAGCUGAGGAGUAUGAGGAAGAUGUUGAAGAAGGCUAUGAUGAUCAACAGGAAGGGCGAAACUACAAUUACGAGGAGCAGGUUGUUGGCGAGGAAGAAGAAGUCAAUUUAGAUGAAGAGGAAUAUCUAGAUGAGGAGGAUGACGGUGAUGACUUUGCAAAGAAGAUGGCCGUUGUGUUCUCUUGAAUUAUUAGAUUUGUAAUCAUCAUCAGUAGAGAAUGAGCAGCCAGCCAGAUGACAUGAGUAAUCCUACAGUACCAGAUUUUGAUUUCUUUUAUGUAGAGUGAGCAUCUUUAUUUUUCUUGUGCUACUCUUUGUAUUACUAUUAUUGUUAUUAUUAUUAUUAUCACUGGAAAUUGUUUUCCGGACAGGAUGGGUACAUUUCCUCGUCCACGUAUGGCUGGCUGAUCUCUAAAAUCACUUCAAACAUGUGGCAUUGCCCAAAGGGGUCAUGACAGCAGCCACACUAGACUGCAUAAUUAUAAUAAUAACAAUAUUGGUCUUUGAUGGCAGACAUUAUAAUUAAACAGCAUCUCUGGUACUCCGUAUAACUCUUAUAUGUGAGCAGAUUUCUUAGGUUCUGCC